AUGACUACCAGGGAGAGAAAAGCCGAGCAGUUGGCACAGCUCAAUGAGCAGGUGGCAAUUCUCCAUAAUAAUUUGAGUAAGUUUGAUGGGCUCAUCAAGGAUACAUCGGUUCAGUUUAAUACCAUUCAGAAAUUGGGAGUAAUGCAUGGAUCGUUGUUUAUGGCCAGUCAUACGGUGUUUGGAGAUAGUUACAAUGAUAAAGGUGAAAAGCAAUGA